CCCUCUCUCUCUCUCCUUAUUUUCUUUAAAUCUCACAGUUCCAUUGCUAAAAUACUCAUUUAUUUUCCUCUCAUUUUCUUAGUUUGUUCACUCGCAACUGAAAACAGAAGCUCGAACCAGAAGAAACAGCAAAGCUGGGUAUAAUAUAAUGUCGGAAGGUGGUGUACAUGCUUGUAAUGACGCUGAAGAGGAGGAGGAGGUUGAUGAAAAUGGCUUGUCUUCUGCGAAAAGGAGAAAAAGGGUGGAUUUUGAUUCUGGACCCCAGUGUAGCACUGGCAUUUCAAAACCUUGCGGCGACUUGAAUGGCAUCUUACAUCCCAAGGUAGUUUAUGAACAAGAAUGUCUGAUAAGAAGCCCUUCCAAUGCUGAGUCUGCGGCAACAGACUUAAAGCAUGCAGCUCUAGCCAGCAAAGAAAAGGAUAUAAUAGAAUCUAUACCUAAGACCGCUCAGGAAUGGACUCAGGAAGACAGGGUUGUUGCUUGCAGCAAGGAUUCCCAUCAACAAAUUAAAGAUAAUGGUCAACACAAUGGAUGUGCCGACUGCAUGCUUGACGGAGAACUCUUGUGUUGUAGUGGAAAAGGAUGCCAAAGGAGGUUCCAUCUCUCUUGCCUUGAUCCUCCUUUAGAUCAUGCACCUUUUGGUGUUUGGCAUUGCAUAUGGUGUGUCAAAAAGAAGAUUAAGUUGGGUGUCCAUUCAGUCUCUCAAGGAAUGGAGUCAGUCUGGGAUGUUAGAGAGGUUGCUUCAGAUCAGGAAGUAAAGCAGACGAUUAAGGAAUAUCUUGUCAAGUACCAAGGUCUUGCUCAUGUUCAUAAUCAUUGGAUUUCAGAGACAGAUCUGCUUCUUGAAGCUCCAAAGCUUAUUGCAAAGUUUAAAGGGAGAAACCAGUUACAGCUGAUAAAGUGGAAAACAGAGUGGACUGUCCCACAACGUUUGCUGCAGAAGCGAUGGUUGUCAUUGGCAAAGAAUCCUCAUGGUGAAUUCUGCAGUAAUUCAGAUGGUUAUUACGAGUGGCUUGUGAAAUGGACAGGUCUUGGCUACGAUCAUGCCACGUGGGAGUUAGAGAAUGCUUCAUUUUUGACAUCUUCUAGAGCUGGAGAGCUUAUAAAAGAUUAUGAAAGUCGCCAUGACACAGGAGAAAAACUUCCAAAUAUUUCUCAAGCCAAUGAGGAAGGAAAACCUAAUGUUUCUAAAUUAAAUACUUAUCAGCCGAGAAAGGCUAACAUUUGUAGGUUGUCAGAAUUGUCUUCUGGAGAUGCACCUGAAGCUUGUAAUAAUUAUCUAAACUAUGUGAACAAACUUUGUGAGCACUGGCACAAGGGUGAAAAUGGCAUCAUUUUUGAUGACCAGAUAGACCAGUUAGAUUGCAUUCAGGAGAGGAUUGUGAAGAUUAUCUUAUUCAUUGUAUCUCUGCAACAUAUUGUAUGGAGGCCUUUUCUUAUAAUCUCCAGUGCGAAUACACUUUCUGUAUGGGAGGAUGAAUUUUUGCGCGUGGCACCUUCUGUCAAUUUCAUAGUUUAUAAAGGGAGCAGAGAUGUCCGCAGUGGCAUAAGAUCAUUGGAGUUCUCCAAUAAAGGUGGUAAAGUAAUGUUUCAAGUACUAAUUUCCUCCUCCAACAUUUGUGUUGAGGAUCUUGAAGUAUUAAAAUCCAUAGCAUGGAGAGCAGUUAUUAUUGACGACUGUCAAAGAUGCUUUAUCUCAAGACAUUUUAAGGAAUUCAAAAUGAUAGCAACUGAUAGGAGGUUGCUUUUGAGCAAUCAAGUCAAGGAUUGUUCAGCUCAUUAUGUUAAAUUGCUUUCCCUCCUUGAAUCUCGAGUGGAUGAGCUAAGUGAGGAUAAUUUACAGCUUCAUUCUUCUGCUGAUAUUGCUAAAAUGAAGGAAAGAUUAGCACCUUAUAUUGUAUAUGAGUGCAAGUCAAACUCCUUUGUGUUUGUAGAGUACUGGGUCCCUGUAUGGCUUUCUAAUGUACAACUUGAGCAGUAUUGUUCUGUGCUGCUUUCAAAUGCGAUGUUGCUUUGUUCUUUUUUGAAGAAUGACCACUCUGAUGCUCUUCGUGAAAUUGUUACUUCUAUCCAGAAGUGCUGUGACCAUCCUUAUCUUCUGGAUCAGUCUUUGCAAAGCAUAAUCAGGAAAGGUGUUCCUGCUAAAGAAUAUUUGGAUGUUGAAAUACAAGUGAGUGGAAAGUUGUUGCUUCUUGACAAAAUGCUUAUGGAGAUUAACAGCCAGGGUCUUAGGGCUUUAAUCAUUUUUCAGUCCAUAGGUUCUGGGCCGAAUUCUGUUGGAGACAUUCUGGAAGACUUUGUGCAACAAAGAUUUGGAAAGGAUUGUUAUGUUCGGAUUGACGGUGGAGUAUAUGCUAGAACAAAGAAGCAAGCUGCCCUGAACUUGUUUAACAAUAAAGAGAGUGGGAGAUUUGUGUUCUUGAUUGAAAAUCGGGCUUGUCUCUCAAGCAUUAUACUUCAUUCUGUGGACGCAGUAAUACUAUUUGAUAGUGAUUUAGACCCAAGUAAUGACUUAAGAGCCUUACAAAGAAUUACCAUCAAGUCACAAUUUUAUAAGCUGAAGGUAUUCCGUUUGUAUUCAUGUUUCACCAUUGAAGAAAUGGUUAUGAUUCUCGCAAGGGAAGGUGUUGUUCCAGAAACCUUAGAUUCUAAAAAUCGGAUGAUUAGUCAUUCACUGCUUAGUUGGGAUGUGUCACGUCUAUUCAAUAAGCUUGAUGAGUUUCACCAAUGCACGACAUUGGCCUCUGAUUCAAAAAUUUAUUCUGAAUGGUCAUUUUUGGAAAUUGUAGUCCAUGAUUUCUCAGACCAACUGCAUUGCAUUGAUGAUAAUGACCCUAUUAACUGCUCUUUGAUCUCAAAAGCACCGCAAAGUAUGGGAAAAUAUUUGAGAGAGAUUCCACGGAUUGGUGAAAAGAAAAGAAUGGACAGUGAACCGCCUUUUGAUUUCUGGAAAAACCUUCUUGAUGGGAAGCGUCCUCAGUGGCUUUUUCUUUUCGAGUCAUCUCCUAGGAUCAGAAGAAAAGUUAAUUAUGUUGAUAACUCUACAAAAGAUUCUGAAAUUCUAACUCUUGAUGCUAACCAUACGCUGAUCACCAGCCACGAGGAUCGGGUUUGUAGAAAAGGAAGGCUGAAGCGCAGAAGAAAGCUUCUUGUUGCAGAUGGAGAAACCUUGCAUCCUGUGGUUCGUGAUAUUGCAAGAGUAUUUCAAGUCAAAAUGGCUGAACCAGAGCAUCUAAACUCUAUGCCUGCUGUACAGAAGAAUGCUCAAUUCUUACCUCUGAUGCAAGAGAUCACCCAGCUUUGUGAUGCUCUAAAGCUUCCAGAUAAUGUCAAGUCUACCUGUAUGGCUCUCCUCAAGUACAUGAAUGAGAAUUACAAUUUCAGUUGGAAGGGCACUCAAACUUUUCAGGCCUUGCAAAUUUCUCUGUGUUGGAUAGCAGCUUCUUUGUCAAAAUUCAAGAUUGAUUUCAAGGAAUCACUUGUACUCUCAAAACUGUACUUGAAGUUUGAAUGUAAGGAAGAGGAGGCAGACUAUAUUUACUCCGAACUGCAAAGUGUUAAGAAAAAGUUUAGUUGCAAUUCCAGAAAGAUAAAGAUUGCAAAGGAAUCAAAUCCUCCUAAGAAUUCUAUAUCUACUUCAUCUAAUCAGGGUGGUCGGAAAGAAGAAGAGUUUACAAUGGGCUACCAGAGUCAUAGUUUUUCUGCUGAAUUAGUAGGUGUACAAGAAGGAGAAAUACCUAUUGCAAACUCUGCAAAUUAUUCAAGACCAGCCAGGCUGGACGAAGCUUUGGAAGAAGGAGAGAUUGCAGGGGAGUCUCCUACACUGAAUAUUGUACAUAAUUCUGUGCAUUUGGAAGAGGGGGAGAUACCAUCAGGUUUACACCAUAUAAAUGAUCAUGAAGCAGCCAAGUUUGACCAACAAGAUCUGGAAGAGGGAGAGAUACCAUCGGGUUUACACCAUACGAAUGAUUAUAAAGCAGCCAAGUAUGACCAACAAGAUCUGGAAGAGGGAGAGAUACCAUAUAUCCUUGAUAGUGAUAACCAGGCUGAUCAAAUAGUACCCAACACUCUAGAAGGGGAUUAUGUCUCUCAGAGGCUAGAUGACAGCCUUAAGAAUAAAAAGGAUGAUUCUGAUUGUCAAAAGGAAAUACACACGCCAGAGAUUAAUCUUGAAACUCCACAACUCAUAUCAACUGUUAAUGGGGAACAACUGAAAGCUGCCCAUGAGAUAGAAGAACCAGAUGAAGUAGUGUUGAAACCAAUUCUGUCUGCAGGCAGUCAAUGUUUAUCUGAUACAGAGGCCAAGAUAGAUAAAUUGCCGCCUACUGAUAUGUCCACCAUGCCUGUUUGUGCCCAAUCUGGCCUUCCUGUGAUUGAACCAUCUCUGUCAAACCGAUGUGAAACUUUACCAAGAGGGCCACCACAAACUCCUGAUAGUUCCCUCAAGGAAACAGAGCUCCAUGAUUCACAAGUGGGAAUAGUAACAAUUAUAAUAGAUUCUGAUGCAGAAAGUGAGGAAGUCAAAGCAAUUGUCAUAAGGAGCGAGGCAUCAACUUUAUCAGAAAAGCAAAGCCCUGAUAACGUACACAUAGUUAACUCAGUGAUAACACCACCUAAAGAUCCUCAAAGUCGUCUCAGUGAAACAGUCACAGUUGGUGAGCCUAUGCUUUGUUCAACUCAAGCUAUGUCUAUCCAAAAUCAAUCUUUGGGUAUGCAAAGAGCAAAUGCAUCUCAGAUUAGGCAUGAAACUGCAUCAGUCACUCCUACUUGCAUAGAGUCCUCUCUGGAGUUUACUGGAACCAGCUCAUCUGUAGUAGGGCCAGAUUUCACUGCUGUCAACAGAUAUUCAGUCCCAACUCUCCAGCCACCGGUAUUUGUACUUCCAUCACAUACCUCUGAUCGAGAAGUUCAAUUUUCAACGCAACCAUUGAUGGAAUUUGAUAACCUUUCUAUCAACGAUUUUCCACUGCCAUCAUCAAGAAGUACCCACAUUAUGGAAAAUGAUUCACAUGCCCAUCUGCCUUUUAAUGGAGCAUAUGCGCCAGAUUUUAGGAGCACUGCUGACAAUUUAGGACGUAUGCGUCCUUCUCUUAAUGCCAACCAUGUGAUGCCCGAGAGUCCUCAACUUGCUCGGAACAAUCCACUUCUAGUUGAAAUGGAAAAAAUAAGAAAAGAUGUGCAGCAAGAUACCGAGAUGCAUGAACAAACGAUAUUGCAUCUCAAAUCCGAAUGCGAUCGAGAAGUGGAAGAGGUAUUUAAGAAGUAUGACAUGCUAUUUCAGAAUGCUGAAAGAGAAUUAAUACAGAAGAAGAAGGAUCAUAGAACAAAUUUCCAAAGUGUUUUUGCAAGCAAAUUACUGGCGGAUAUGAUGCUGAAGCAAAUUAAAGACAGUGAAGCUGAGGCAUCAGAUGAAAGAACAGCUUCUCUUACAGCACAACCAUCUAAUCUUAUGAAUGAGUUGAUUCAGCCAUCCUUCUCAAUUCCUAUGCAAACAUCUCCUAUGAUGCCAGUACAAUAUCCACUAAUGCCUCAGCGAACUCGAUUUAUGGAGUUGGUUAACCAGUCAUCACCUGUUCUUUCUGGUGAGCAGUUUCAAAAUGGAUAUCAAUUACAAGCCCCUGCUCCUCACCUUUCAUCUUCUAUUUCACAAUCGCAAUUUCAAUAUGGAUAUCAUUUACGAGCCCCUGCUCCUCAUAUUAACGGCUCUGUGUCGCAAUUUCUAAUGUCACCAGUGCACCUCCCUGUACUUAACAGUGGAGUGCGAGAUCAGCAUUUGCCGAGCUAAAACCGUGACAUCUCACUUUAGUUAGGAUAGUAUUUAAUCAAAGGUAUUUAAACUCCAUCGAUGUAGAUUCAGUCUAAGGCGGAGUAUAAUAGUCAUCUGCUAGAAGGUGGGGAUCCUUUUGUCAGUUCGUUCAUGAUUGUUCAUUCUUCUAGUGGACUGCUCGGUGUCGAAAACCAUUUUGAUCUCACUAUAUAUUUGAUUAGUACUAAGUUUAGUUUUUAUUCUUUUUAUUUGAAUUAGAAUUAGGAUUAGCAAACAAACUCCCAUAAAUAUUGUAUUGUUCUAAAAUAUUAUGAAAAUCUUCCAACAUAUUUUAUCAAUGGAAUUUUAGUUUUUAA